AUGGCUCGUUCGUUUCCGAAAUGCGUCGACACGGUGAUCAUUGGCAAUGGCCCAUCUGCCCUCAUCCUCUCCUACAUCUUGCAUGGGCACAUUCCCUAUUACAUCGGCGGCCAUCAUGACGCGAUCCUCGACGCCAAACUCCAAAAGACUCCCAAUCUCCUCCACCUGACGCCUGACCUCUACGCGCAUUUCCUGUCCUCGCUCCGCUACUCGACCCAGGCGCUGCCCGUCAACACGCUGCUCGACACCCUCAUCCGGCCAAACGCCGACACCGAACUGAACCCCAAAUCCUGUAUCGAAUGGCGGCACGAGCCGGACAAGGCUAUUCCGCAUCUCGCCAUCGGAGAGGCAGCACAUGCAGGUGGACAAUGGGCCGAAGAAUCUCCCUCUGCGAGCGCUGACAUAGGCACUUUGAGCUACGCUGAACAACUGAGCCUCCCAGGCUAUUCGUAUGCGGACCAUCUUGCGCGCAUCGGGAAACAGGACGAGACGGAGUUUGUACGCCCGUCCAGGACCGAGGUUGCAGACUAUCUUAGCGCGUAUCCAGAUGCCGUAGGCAUAGCCGGCAGUGUACUUGCGGGCCUCAAGGCGGAGCGCGUGUAUCGCACAAUCAAAGGCUUCUCCAUUGGUAGCCUCGGGAUACGAUGUAAGCAUCUUGUCUUGGCAUCGGGCAUUUUCACAGUCAACAUCCCGCCCCCACCUCUACUCGCACCUAUAUCGCAAUUCGAUUCGCCAGAGGCUCCGCUGCUUGUCAUUGGGUCUGGCUUCUCUGCAGCCGACGUCAUAAUUUCUGUCCCACCAAACCGCAAAAUCAUACACAUAUACCAAUGGGAUCCUGAGAAACGACCCUCUCCACUUCGAGGAUGCCAUCAUACCGCUUACCCAGAGUACGCCACUGUGUAUCGGCAGAUGAAGCUUGCAGCGAUUGCAUCUUCGAAAAAAGGCAAGACUGGAAAGCCGGCGUACGGAAGGAGAAAAGCUGGCGCCUUUCAGCAGCGAGACUGGUCUCUAUACGAAGGUCUCCCAGGCGCGGACGUGAUCAAUGCAUACAAGUCCGGAAAUGCAGUCAUGGUAGAGCUGCAGCUGCCUUCGGGCGACACAGUGACGCGUGAAGUCGGCGGGCUGGCCUACAUGGUAGGAAGACGCGGCACGUUGAAUUUCUUGUCCCCUGAGCUGCGGUCGGAGGUGCUGAGUGCACCUGACAAUGCAACCGUCGAUUUGUCUUCGCUCAUCUCAGGUCGCACACUUCGAUCAAAAGCUGAAACCACAUCCCUUGAAGUUGCGAGAGACGUUUUCAUUACCGGGAGCCUCACGGGCGACUCUCUGAUUAGGCACGCCGUCGGCGGCUGUGUCUUUGCAGCUGGCCGCAUUCUCAGGGCCAUACCCACCAGUUACCCUACUGACAAUACACACCCAUCAACUUCGUCCACCUCCAGAUCGGCCUCACCAGUUUCCACUUCAGAUGCCGAAGCCGCCAUGUCGGAAACCAAUUCCAGUCCACAAAGGCCGCGGACUGGACAGCGGACACCGUGCGAGCUGACAAAUGGACACACCGAUCUGCAUCUUGACCGACGGACGCUCGCUCGUGUGGUAGAGAAAGCGCAUGCAGAGAACAGGUUUUGGGUUGAUUCAGGGUGGUGGGCUGGCGGACUGGGGCCUGGAAAGUCAUGA